GACAUCUGAAAAUAUACAACGAGCUUGAUUUUCACGACUUUUGAUCAAAUGCAACCAAAUUCCAGUUGCGUUCGUUUCCAAUUUCCUCGCUCACAUCAAAAAACCCGGUUCACUUCUUCUUCUUCUUCUUCACCAAAACUUAGCGUCAACGACUCUUCACGACUACAGAGAUGGACCGACCCGACUCCGACUCCUCCUCCCGGCCCGUACUCUCCGACCGGGUCCUCAUAAACGGCGCCGUAACGCCGGUCACGUUCUUCGCCGACGGCGUGCUGCGGUGGACGGAGAGAGGCGAGAGGAGCUUGAUCGUCGAGAAGGAGGUCCUCGGGGUCAAAGUGGAGGGUCCGAAGAUCAGAAUCGGAGCUCUGGUCGACGGCGGAGGUGGAAUCUGCUGCGUCGGCAGUAGCGGAGGAGCUCUGGUCAGGAUGGACUUGGUGUUCGAGCCUUUAUCAGAGGACUCGCAGAGGCUCUGGUGCCAGAAGCUUCUCGAAUUCAUCGAUUCUCUCGGACGGCCGAAGAGGCUGUUUGUGUUUGUGAAUCCAUUUGGAGGGAGCAAAUCGGCUUCGAAGAUUUUUGUUGAUGAAGUGAAGCCGCUUUUUGAUGAUGCUGGUGUUCAGUUUACACUGCAAGAAACUCAGUAUCAACUGCAUGCGAAGGAAGUUGCGAAAACUCUAGAUCUUUCAAAGUAUGAUGGCAUUGUUUGCGUCAGUGGGGAUGGAAUCUUGGUUGAGGUAGUAAAUGGACUUCUUGAGAGAGAGGAUUGGGACACUGCAAUAAAGAUGCCUCUCGGAGUAGUUCCUGCAGGUACUGGAAAUGGAAUGGCAAAAUCUCUUCUAGAUUCUGUUGGUGAACCUUGUAAAGUAUCAAAUGCUGUUCUCGCCAUUAUUAGAGGACAUAAGCGUUCAUUGGAUGUAGCUACCAUAUGGCAGGGGAAGACAAAAUUUUUUAGUGUGUUGAUGCUCGCAUGGGGCUUAGUAGCAGAUGUUGACAUUGAGUCUGAAAAGUAUAGGUGGAUGGGAAGUGCUCGUCUUGAUUUCUAUGCCAUUCAACGAAUUGUGCAUUUGAGGCAAUAUAACGGAUCUAUUUCUUUUGUGCCUGCGCCUGGCUUCGAAGGGUUUGGAGAGCCUACUAGUUACAAUUACGAUGGUGAAUCUACUAACAAUGAUCCAAGUCAAGAAAAGCCUACUAAGGUUCGACAGCUUGGCUAUGAGGGACCUGAUAUUAAUCUAAAGAACAUGAACUGGAGAACAAUCAAAGGACCGUUUGUUUCAGUGUGGCUUCACAAUGUACCUUGGGGAGGUGAAGACACAAGGGCAGCUCCUGAUGCCAAGUUCUCAGAUGGUUAUCUAGACGUUAUAAUUAUGAGGGCUUGCCCAAAAUUGUCCUUGCUCUCAUUAAUGACAGGGUUGAGCACUGGGACUCAUGUCAAGUCACCAUAUGUGCUAUACUUCAAGGUGAAAGCUUUCAUUCUAGAGCCUGGUGCUCGCGCUGAUGAUUCAACGAAGGAAGGGAUAGUGGACUCAGAUGGUGAGGUCCUCGCUAGGGGCAAAGGAGCAUACAAAUGUCAUCAGAAAACACUAAUGGUGUACGAUAAACUUCAAAUAACUUUGGAUCAAGGUUUAGCCACUCUGUUUUCCCCUUCCCCGGUGUAAAAUAUACAUUUUAUAUGGAUUUGAUUUUUCAUCACACAGAGAAAUACCACACAUGAUAGUCGUAUUUGUUCAUUCUACCCUACAUGUAAGGCCUCAACAACAAAUUAGAAUAUUAGAUCUGACAAGGGAUUGAGUUAUAUAUAGGAGACAUUCCUUGGGAACUUGCUUGCUGAAAAAAUAAUAUGCAGGUCAUGUUUGAAGAUUUUGCUUUGAUGUAGUGUGCCUCUCUGAUCAUUUGCUAUAUACUUGUGUUCAUGCUCAUCUUGAUAAAGAACGAACCAAAUACAACAACAAAGCAAAAGCUAUUUUUGUGCUAAUUGACUGAUCACAAUUCCUAUAGAUAUCAUGUAAUGGACACACAUGCAUGUUUUGCUUCAUAGUAUAUUAUCCUUCAAGGCUUGUAUUUCACCUAGUUGGAACCCAUUGAUUAAAGAAUGAGACCCACCUAAACCGUAAGGACCUAACUGGGAUUAGGGAAAAUUGAAAUGUAGCGGAAAGGUACACAUAUGCUUGCAGGCAAUUAACAAACAUGGACCAGUUGUACAGACAUGUCUAGUACACCCUUUCAAUUCAGAGUAGAGCUUGCAGUUCAAUUCCCAUGUGAAGCCAAUGUCCUUGCAGCCUUGGCUUGCCAGAGCUUGGAGGGAGAUUUGGGCGGGAAAUUUCAACAAUUUACUUUGUACAGCCAGUUAAAAAUCAGUCUGCCCAGCUAUUACUGAAGAGGUCAGAAAGUAGGUGAAAGCAGUUGGGAAAAUCAAUUUUUCUGCCAGCUAUUCAAGAUUCUAUUCUAGGGAAGUGGGAAACCUGCGGAAGAAGGAGCAUGAUCCUUGUCAAAUCUGAACUCCUCACCAUGUCAGUGUACUCUCUGCUAUUUUCUGAGAAAGCAGGUGAAAUGGAGUUGGGAAAUUGAAUAUAUUUGGCUUUCAAAUCAAGGCCUUCACUGUAUAGAAAGGCCCUCAUAGUUAUUGCUCCAAAAACGCAUAACCUCUUCCUCUCCCUAAGAUUCUAAACCCCUCUUCUUUCCCCGUUCUCUCUCUCUCUGUUUCUCUCUCGAUUUCUAAAUCCCUUUACCAUUUGAAUGUUAAUGGAUGCUUUGUUCAAGCAAUCCAUUGUCCACUUGACUUGUUUUUGGAAUGGGAGGAAUAGGAAAGAGGGUUUGGGCAGCCGUGAGUUUCAGGGCAGCCAGGCGCAAGGUAUAAGUCUUUGAGGGUUCAUAUUGCUUUUAUUUGUCUUAAUCGUAACGAAAUAUCCCAGGAGUAUGAUUUUUCGUUCUGAUCCCUUAGAAAAUAUAGAUUUUCAGAGUAUCAUAUCAUUUAAUUGGGGCACAAUUUCAUUCAAAUCAGGCUGAGUUCUAUACCCGUAUACACAAUUUCUUUUUUCCAGAUUACUUUGAUGCUGUAUUCCUUUCAGUCUUUAUCGUUUGCAAUCUUGUUUGAUUUUUCUAACUCCUCACUUAUUAAUUUUGUUUUAACUCUCUAUUUUCGUCAAAGAAAUAAAUAAAAUUAAUGCCUCUAUUCAUUUUUAUCAUCAAGUAUUUUGAAUUUGGGUUGGUUUGUCAUCUAGUUCCCUCACCAAUUUAAGGAAGAGGAUAUCUUUAAGAGGAAGCAGGCUCAUGCAGCUGCAAAAGGCUAUGGUGGCAUACGUAGCCUCCAUUCUUGCUGCUGCAACAGGCGUUGGUGGCUUAUAUUGGCAUUCUCUCCAUUUCAGAUCGCUUCGAAGGAAAAGGUACCGGCAAAGGCCUGGAUUCGAAGGUUCAGAAAUGAACAACCUCAAGCAUAAGGGGGAGUAAUUUUGGCUUGGUGUAAUUAUAAAUGAAGUUAGUGGAUUGAGCUAUAUAUGACUUCUACAACAGAGAUACCACAUGAUGAAGAACCGAGUUGCUAUGGAACAAGGCGGCUUGGGAAGCAAUAAAACAACAGAUUUGCUCAAAACAAUUCUCAAUUCAACGUGAAGUAGGGAGUUCUCAAGUAGGCUAUACAAGAACAAGGCCCCUUCAUUUUCACAUUCAAUUAGUUGGUUUAUUGUUCAAUGUACAUUUUGGUUAUCUUACAGUUGUAAACUAGCUGGUGAAAUAAGUAAUGCAGCACAAAUUCAAUAUUA